AUGUCCAAAAACACGGCAGAAGGAGAUGACAAAGUUGGAGAAAAAGUUGAACAUAAGAAGGAUAUAAAACCUCCAUUCCUUCCUGAUCUCAAUGAGAAGGAAACCAAAGCUGAUAUUCAAAAACGGCUUCAAGGAUACGCCAACAUAAUUAGAAGUUUAAAAGUAAAUAUUUACAGUAAUCUAACAGGGGAAGUACUCCAAGUGCGACGCCCAGAUUUUGAUGAAAUUUGGCACAAACUUAGAAUAGUUUUUUCUAAGAUACAUGCGAGAAUCCUAGCUCGCGCUUUGCAGAAACCACCGAGAUUUUUAGACCAAAAGUCGGCGAAGAUUUAGGACUUUUUGCCGAAUUUCGGCACGAAAAGUUUCAUGCCUAUUUCAAUUGUAAAGGAUAAUGUUUCUACAAAAAAUCAAAUUUUUCCGCACGAAACUGCCAAAAUUAUGGCCAAAAAGCGCUUUUCUCUCUGACCGCUCUCCAUGUUUAGCGUGCUCUCUCGGCAGCAAAAAUCGUUCGAUAUCUCGGCGGCGCCCGCAAAGCGCGAGCUAAAACCUUCAGGAAUUGAUAAGUAUUUAGUCCAUACCCGACGUGUGUGCAAAAUUUAAAGAAAAUCUGAGCGUCGCACUUGGAGUACUUCCCCUGUAAGUAGCAAAGCUUUUUAGGGUGAAAAGAAGGAGCGGUUGACUGGCAAUCCCAUAACUCUCCAAAUGGCGCUGGAGAUCACUCUUCGCGGUCGAGAACGUUUCAUGACCGAGCCACCGAUCGUCAGCACAUCUGGUGGGAUCUGUGUUGUCGGUGACCUCCAUUCCAAUCUGAUGGAGCUUUUGGUACGGGCUUUCUGUUAUAGCAUGUUCUAUGACCUAUUACUUUGGAUUAAGAGUUUGUUGUUUGAAGACUUUGUUGGAUAAACUGGGUAUUCCUCCCUUCCAACGACUUCUCUUUCUCGGCGAUUACGUGGACAGAGGUGAUUUUGGCGUAGAAGUUGUCUGUCUGCUUACCAUCUACAAGAUCCUCUAUCCGAAACAUAUCUAUCUCUUGAGAGGAAAUCACGAAACCCGAGCUAUGAACAUUUUCUACGGAUUCCUGAAUGAAUGCAAACGCAAGUAUGGACGAAGAAGAGGUAAAGAUACAUGUAAUCGUUUAAUUAAUUUUGGAUUUUAAUAAUUUCAGGCCGUCUUAUGUAUACGUACUUCGGGCACAUGUUCAAUGUGUUGCCCAUCGCUGCCGUAAUAGGCGGAAGAAUAUUUUGUGCGCACGGUGGCAUCUCGAGAGCCUUACGUAAUGUGACACAACUGAAGAAAAUCGCCCGCCCGUAUGAUGUAGCCGAUUUCGGGAUACUUUGUGAUUUGGUCUGGUCGGACCCCGUCGGUAGUAGCAUUGACUUUGCAUUGUCUCCGAGAAAGAUUGGAACGGUUUGUCUGAAGAGUAAUAACGGAUAGUCCCGUUCUUUUUGCAGGUUUUUGGAACCAAUGGUCUCAAAGAAUUUUUCGAAAAUACGGGAAUGGAUUUGCUUAUCAGAGCACAUCAAAGUGUACCCGAGGGGACGGAGCUGACCCUUGGGGGCUCUCUUACCGUAUUCAGUGUUCCCAACUAUAUGGACGACAAUAACAAGGGAGGCGUGGCAUACGUUGACAAUGAUUUGAAUGUUCGGUGCUAUCGGUUCAAGUGAGUCAAUUGAAUUCGAAUUCUAGUCCAAAUACUUCAGAUCAACGAAAGAUCAAUAA